CCUUCCUUCUUCGAUUCUCGGCGCAAACUAGGGCUUUAGCCUUUGAAGAACUAUUAUUUUCAGAGAGGUUGGGGAAGACGAAGAAGCCAUGGAUGAAAGUUCGUAAUUCCAAAACCUAAUUUUGGAGGAACAAAUUCAAUGAUAUCGGACAACAAUGGUAGCGUUAUAUCAAACCCAUCUCCUGCCAACUCUGGCCAAAGCCUCACCUCUCUUAUCGCUCUUCGUCAAAAUCCCCCUGCCAUUGAUCUACCGCCGAUGUCGCAUCCGCCAUUUCUGUCCCGUUCUCUGCUACCACACUUCCUCGUUCGACAUUUCCCCCCGUCGCAGCUCGACGGAGAAAGCCAGCAGCUUCUGCACUCUGGCCUCGCCUCGCGAAGCGCCGCCGUCGCCGUUUUCGGACACUCCUCUUACGGCGAAAAUGAAGAGGAAGGCCUGGAGAGAAUCUCCGGAGGGAGUGCUCCGGCACAAGCUCGACAUGUGCUCGAAGCACGGCGAUGUCUCCGAAGCGCUUCGGCUCUACGACGAGGCUCGCAGCAUUGGAGUCCCUCUUAGCCAGCACCACUACAACGUCCUGCUCUAUCUUUGUUCUUCAGGGGAGUCCAAUGGCGGAGACGAGGAUGGUUUGAGUUUAGGCCUAAAGAGAGGUUUUGAGAUAUUUCAUCAAAUGGUGAUGGACAAGGUCGAGCCAAACGAGGCCACGUUCACGAGCGCCGCGAGGCUGGCCGCGAAGGUGGAAGACCCCGAGAAGGCCUUCGAAUUGGUGAAGCGGAUGAAGAGCUUUGGAAUUCCUCCGAAAUUGAGGUCCUAUGCGCCGGCAUUGUUUGGUUUCUGUAAGAAAGGGGAGGCCGAGAGAGCGUACGAAGUUGACGGUCAUAUGAUUGAAUCCAGUGUUGAGGCGGAAGAGCCCGAGCUCUCCGCAUUGCUGAAGCUCAGCGCGGAGGCGAAGAAGGGAGACAAGGUUUACGAGAUGCUGCACAGGUUGCGAGCCUCGGUGAGGCAGGUCUCGGAGUCGACUGUGGGGAUUGUCGAGGAGUGGUUCGGGUCCGAAGAGGCGGUGAGAGAGGGGAAGGAGUGUUGGAAUGUGAAGAAAGUGAGGGAAGGAGUUGUGAGUGGUGGUGGAGGGUGGCAUGGGCAAGGGUGGCUGGGGACUGGGAAGUGGAGGGUGGUAAGGACUCAGAUGGAUGAAAACGGGGUUUGUCAAUCUUGCAAUGAGAAGCUCGUGUGCAUCGAUAUCGAUCCGAAAGAGACGGAAAAUUUUGCAAGCUCAUUGGCUAGCUUGGCUUCCAAAAGAGAAGUUAGAGCUGAUUUUGUUCGAUUCCAGGAGUGGCUCCAGUGCCAUGGUCCGUUUGAUGCAGUCAUAGAUGGUGCCAACGUGGGUCUGGUAAAUCAACAUCAUUUCAACUUCUUCCAGCUUAAAUCUGUUUUGAAUCAACUGCGUGAAAUGAGUCCAUCAAAGAGAUUGCCACUUGUUAUAUUGCACAAAAAUCGUGUAACUGGUGGUCCUGCCCAGAAUCCGAAGAACAAGCAAUUGUUAGAGACUUGGAAAAAGGCUGGUGCAUUGUAUGCUACGCCUGGAGGUUCAAAUGAUGAUUGGUACUGGUUAUAUGCUGCUGUUAGUUGUAAUUGUCUACUAGUUACAAAUGAUGAAAUGAGGGACCACUUAUUCCAAUUGUUAGGUACUAGCUUUUUCCCAAGAUGGAAGGAAAAACAUCAGGUUCGGCUAUCGGUCUCAACGAAGGGGCCUAGCCUUCACAUGCCACCUCCUUAUUCAAUUGUAAUUCAGGAAUCCGAGGAUGGUCGCUGGCACGUACCAAUGGUCACAGGUGAUGAUCUUGAGGCCCCAAGGCAAUGGUUGUGUGCCACCAGAGACAGGAAUAGGAAAUAGAGAGAUUAUUAUAAUUCUUUGUGCUUUAAAUUAUUCUCAUUUUUUCCUUUGUUUUUUGGGGCAUUAUAAGGACGCUUGGCCUUAUGGGGCAUUGUUGUAAUAACCGAUUGAUUAUUGUGCCGAAUGAAAGAUAAGGAUAUAAUAAUGCGUCAACAAAAAUGUUUGUUUGAAGACAAUUUGGGUAACAAAUU